CCAUUCAGACUGUUUCUGCUUUUAUUUUGAAAUUUGCACCCGCGGUUUCGAUGGCAGAGGGUUGAGGGACGCAGGUUGAGGGUUGAUGAACAGGUUGAGGGUUGAUGAACAGGUUUAGGGUUGAAAUCGUCUUGUAACCAGACUGCACAAAGAUUAUCUGUUAAUUCAUGAUAAUUUUGAUUCAAUUUCGGACUUGUUAAAUAUCUGUCAAAUCUAAUAACAUAAUAACGCCGCAGAGAAUAGUGCCAAAUUUUCAAUUUUAAUUUUAUAUUUGUUUUAACCUCAUCAAGUAUUCAUCUUGUAACAUCGAUCAUGGGGUGUGAGAGCUGUCGAAACAGGUGACCUGUAAACUUCCAAUGCGAAUAAUGAGUGCAUUCCAGACAUUUAUCCCCGAUCACAAAGGACCGGGAGUGGUUUGGAGGCCCCGCCCCCGAGAAAUGCACCUGUUGCACUGGCACCACCCACAGAGGAGCGACACUGACGGACCCGAGGCUCAGGGAGCAGCAGCAGCAGCAGCAGCAUGGGGGGCGUCUACUCCGGUGAAAGGAUGGCAGGAGUUUUCUCCUACGAGAGUUCAGAAAUCGACUGGUGUGAAGACAACUACAGACACUCCGAACAUGUGGCGGAGUACUUCAACACUAUGAGCAGCUUUUUCUUCUUCAUUAUAUCUCCGGUGAUGCUCUACCUUCUGCAUCCUUACGCCAAAGAGAGGAGCCUGGCAAUCCACAUUGUUUGGAUCAUGAUGAUUUUUGUAGGGCUCUUCUCAGCCUACUUCCACAUGACCCUUAGUUUCGUUGGCCAGAUGUUGGAUGAGCUGUCAAUCCUGUGGGUGUUGGCGGUGGGAUACGCCACCUGGUUCCCCCGCAAGAUGUUUCCUGCUUUUAUUAAAGACAGGUCCACAUUUUCAAGGCUCGUCCUGGUGGUUACUGUCAUCACCACCUUGUCAUCAUUCGUCAGGCCUACAGCCAAUGCCUACGCUUUAAACUGCUUCGGCCUCCACCUGCUGUACACUCUGGCAGUCGAAAUGAGAUGCUGCACUGACCAAAAGGCUCUACGACUGGCCAAGAUGUCAGUGACUCUGUGGGUGCUCGCCAUCUCCUGCUGGAUCAGUGACCGUGUGGGCUGCAGCUUCUGGCAGCAGCUAAACUUCUGCUACCUGCACGGUAUCUGGCACAUUCUCAUUGUGAUAGCGGUGGCUUACGGCAGCACCCUGAUAGCUUACCUGGACGCCAACUAUGAGAUACCGUACUCACUGCCUGGACUGCAGUACUGGCCAUGUGACAAAUGGGCUGUUGGAUUACCUCACAUUGUCCUGAAAGGCACGACCAAAACAAGCAAGCGGUGCUAACAAAGUCGUGCUUUCACUUUGGCUGAACAUUUCUAUCCAUUAGCACAGUUUUGCUUCGGUAACAAGCCACCAACUGAGUGGAUUGACCUCGAACUUCUUCCGUGAGGUGUGUGAAAUGAAUCGUGGUUUCAGAGACAUUUUUCAGGUUUCAUAUUGUGCAUUUGCAAAUUCAUGAAUGGUUAUAUGAAAAGAUGUCCAUAGACAGUUAAGCAUGUGUGUUUAAAUUAUUCCAUUGCUGUUAUUUAUUUUUUCGACAUAUCAUUGCACAUUUGAUUCUGCACAUGACAGAUUAUAUCGAGGUACUGUAUACGUUUUCUUAUGAUGAAACUAUUCUUUUGUGCAAAAAGUCUCUGGGAGUUUGGCAUUUCAGUGAAAUGUGCUGGUAGAUGUAGUUUUACAAAACCUCAGCAUGUGGCAGUGUAAUAGUUGUACACUGUGUCCUCAGGACCAGAUCGAGCUGGGAACUCUGAACGGACUUAUGUCUUGUUGUUAACUAAUAUCAGCAAAAGUAAAGUUAUGAUUGUGUGUGGUUGGAGUGUUGUAGUUUGAUGCCAAUUUAAAUUGAGGACUCUAGUAACGUUUCUGGAACUUACUCUUUUUCUCUAUACCAAUUGUUCAGUCUCAUUCAGGACUUGUGAAACUUGACUCUAAAGCGUGUUUGUGUGUCUGACCGUUCUACAACGCACCACAUGCAGAUCUGUUUCUUUUGUAUGACUGACCCUAAUUCACCAAAAUGACCUUUUUGUUGAAUAAUUUUGUGAUGUUUUGAGAAUAUUCAGGUACAUUGUGCUUCCAUUCACACUAUCUUUCCAGAGGGAGACGGAUACAACAAUAGAUCAAUUUGCACAAAGAAACGCUCAGGCUUUCGCUGCACGUCAGUGUUCAACAGUGACCUCCUGUGGGUGAUGAUGAUAUAUUCAAAUGCAACCCCUUGUUUCUGAAAUGUUUAAAUGUUAAUUUCAAUGAUAUAGUAAGAGUUAAGUGACAAAUUACACAGGAUGUGUAGGCACUAAUUUCAAAUGAAAUAAUGUCAGAAUCAAUUAUCUGUUACAUCUCAAUGCCCUGUCAUAGUUUAACAGAAAACAUGAGGGUCUGUAUGUUGACAUCAGUGGCUCCCAAACUGAAACAUCUGAUUAAUCCGUUAAAGGGAUUCUGAUUCCCUGGCCUUUCCUCUAACACCGGGACAAGGUCGACAACUCAUGUCUAUACUGAGGCAACAAAGUGUUACAAUGAAGUAGAUUUAUUUAUUCAUCCAGAGGAAUGUGUUUUGUGGACGUUGUUUAUCAAAAUAUUUGUUCAGGUUUUACUGAAGGCCUUGUAACUUAUCAUAUGACUGUAUCUUUGGUCAUGUAAGAACACUGUUAUCGAUAUUGUAAAAAAAAGUUUUUCUACACAUCAACCAUCAGUUGCAAUAAAUCUCUACUAAAUUUGUGA